AAUCUCCAAAGGUCGGUGGGAGGCGAAAAACCAUGGCUUGCCCAAGGACGCGGAGAUGAGGUCUUCAAUACUAUGCCCCCUUCCGGUUCCGGGAGAAAAUAAAAGGCCCGGGGAGUCCGGUACGGACGAGCCUCAAAGGAAGACUAAGCGGACAAAAAGGGCCGCCCGCAAACCAAAAAGCCAAAUCGUCUUGUCCUCCGAGGAAGAGGAUGACAAAGAGGAUGACGAUGAGGAGCAGCCGGAGCUCGUCCGCCACCGGUCCAUUCGACCGGACCCUGAGCCGGUGGACCAUCCAGUUGAGGCUGCUCCCGAGGACGUGAGGGUUGAGGAUGCUAGUGAACCCUCGGCCCCUGCGCGGGCAUCCCCGGGUACUGAUCACCCGGUUACGUCCCCCCCGAUCUCCCUCGACUUGGGGGCAGCUGCCGGACGACAUCCCGAUGAUGGGAGGUAG